GCAGGCCAGCUUCUCCCUCCCGGACCUGGGGGCGCCGCUCAGAAAAGCGGUCGCAGUGUGCAGAGUCGCCGCCUGCGCUGGUCCCCCCGGGCUGCCCAUCGCGGCCCCGCGCGCACUGGAAGGCGAGAGACCUGUCYUCCAGAAUGGGCUACUUCUCGGUGGAGCCGCUCAGCCUCCCGGGCCUGGCGGUGGCGGUCGCUCUGUUACUCCUUGCCCUGUGCCUGCGCUCCAGGCGCAUCAGGAGACCUGGUGAGCCUCCAUUGAUAAAAGGCUGGCUUCCUUAUUUUGGAGUGGCCUUCAACUUACAAAAAGAUCCCUUAGGAUACAUGAAAUUUCUCCAAAAGCAACAUGGUGACAUAUUCACUAUUCUCCUUGGAGGGAACUACAUAACAUUUAUUUUGGACCCUUUCCAGUACCCAUUGGUAAUGAAAAACCACAAACAAUUAAGCUUUGAUGUAUUUUCUAGAAAACUUUCAGAGAAAGCAUUCUCCAUCAAGACGUCCAUGAGAAAUGAAGAUCUAGCUCAUGACCUUCACGUUGCCUAUCAACUUUUGCAAGGCAGAUCUUUGGACAUACUCUUGGAAAACAUGUUGCAAGAUCUAAAACAAAUGUUUGAGCCUGAACUAUUAAAAACCACAAAUUGGAACACAGCACAAAUGUUAACCUUCUGCCGCUCAAUAAUAUUUGAGGUCACGUUUACAGCCAUAUAUGGAAAAAUUCCUGCUGGAGACAAGGAAAAGAUUAUCAGUGAGCUGAAAGAUAAUCUUUUUAAAUAUGAUGACAAGUUCACAUACUUAAUUUCUGACAUACCCAUUGAGCUUCUAGGAAAUGUCAAGGCUCUGCAGAAGAAACUGAUAAAUUCCCUAACAUCAGAAAACUUAGCAAAGACACAAGAAAAGUCAGAAAUUGUGCAAAGGAGACAAGAAAUCCUGGAGCAAUAUUUGGUUCAGGACCUUGAAAUAGGAGCACAUCAUUUUGGCUUUCUCUGGGCCUCUGUGACAAACACGAUUCCAGCCAUGUUCUGGGCAAUGUAUUAUCUUCUCCGGCACCCAGAAGCUGUGGAAGCACUGCGUGACGAAAUCGACUGUUUGCUGCAGUCAACAGGUCAAAAGAAAGGAUCUGGAUUUUCUAUCCACCUCACCAGAGACCAGUUGGACAGCCUGGUCUGCCUAGAAAGCAUCAUUCUUGAGGUUUUUCGGCUACACACGUAUUCCAGCAGCAUUCGUUUUGUGCAAGAGGAUUUCACUCUCAGUUCAGAGAACRGCAACUACUGCCUUCGAAAGGGAGACCUGAUUGCCCUCUUUCCUCCAGUCCUACAUGGUGAUCCUGAAAUCUUUGAAGCUCCAGAGGAGUUUAGAUUUGAUCGUUUUAUUGAAGAUGGUAAGAAGAAAACCACCUUUUUCAAAGGAGGCAAAAAACUGAAGUUUUUCAUAAUGCCGUUUGGAUUUGGUACCAGCAAAUGUCCAGGUCGAUAUUUGGCAGUUAUUGAAAUAAAACUAUUGUUGAUUGUAUUUGUAACUUAUUUUGAUUUAGAGAUAAUUGACAAAAAGCCUAUCGGACUAGACCACAGCCGCUUAAUGAUUGGUGUUCAGCAUCCAGAAUCUGAUGUUUUAUUUAGGUACAGGGCAAAAUCUUAGAGAAACUAAAAAAAAAAAAAAAAAAAAAGAAAUCUAUCUAAAUGAACCUAAACAUCCUAAGCUUAUCUGUUUGUUUAAUUUCUACAAAUGCAAUUGCUAUGUUUAUUUAAGAAGUACCAAUUUAUAUUUGAUCUGAGAUUAGUCCAGUUUGUGUUUGAUUACAAAGUCUAUCAAAAAAUAAAACAGAAUGAUAUCAUAAAAUGGACAUCAAAAUCAACUUCAUGAUAAGUUCAAAAUAGCUUGUUUUUACUUUUUACUUAUUGUGAUUUUCACCUGUUAUAUUGAGUUUACCUUCACAGCACCCAGUUUGGCAGUGUGUKUKUUUUUUUUUUAAAUCACUUAUUUGCUAAUAUGUAAGAGUACAUUUUAUGUUCCACUGAAAAAUUGUACUGGAAAUGGACACAGUCUAACAAAUUCCAAAUUCUCAGAGAACAAGGAAAUUAAAUUUCCAUGAGCUACACUGGAUGAAAAUGUUCCCUUCAAGUGUAAUAUCAAUAAUAUCUAUAUUGCCAGGGUACGUUUGCAUUAAAUGAGUUUUGCAGUAGAUUAAAUGCUUCAACUUCACUUCAAUAUUUAAUCAUCCAUAAAUGCUCUUUUAUUACUUUGUAUACUAUGUCUCAGUAGAACAAAAUUCCCUGUUAUGUAAGACCUCUCAUGUUCAAAUUAGAUACUGAUAAGAUUAAAUGUAUAAGAAAACACAAAACCUAUUUUAUAUUCAGAAAUUGCCCUAGACAUUAGUAUUAGGCUUAUUAUAGGCACAAAUGUUGAAAUCAUUACAGCAUUGAUUGCAGCAUUUGGCCUUUGUAUAAACUCCAGGGGCUAUGCCAACAUUGCAAUGAACUUUUCUUAAUUACAGAAACAGAGAAACUAAAUACUAGUAUUUGUUCUUGACAUCUCACUUUUUUACUUGUAAUCUUUUAAAUUAUAACAUUUUAUAAUGCAGUAUAAUUUCAUGGCACGAUGCAACAUCAUCUCAUCAAUUCAAAGAUUUCUAAUAUCAGAUUACCAAGUAGUUGACAUUUGACCUAAAGAAUGAACCAAUAUAUAAACAGUCAAUACAGGUAAUUAAGCUCAGUUAAUUCAUGCCGCAUUAAUUAUA